CGGUGUAGUAGGUAGUAAGUAGGAGGAGGGAAGUGUAAGCGGCUUCGUUAGCAUCGUUAGCAUCGUUAGCAUCGAGACUAAUCAAUGACAGCUCGGUGUCGCUUUCGCUCAUCACCCGCCAUCACACACACCGUGUCAUCUGCUGCUCUGUCAUCACUUCUAUAAGCUGUGGUCGGAGGAAGAAGACGAAAUGUCCAACAUUUUAUUCCUUAUGAUCUGAGGAGUCGGCGGUGUUUCCAGUUGACGAUGAAUGGCCUGUCUGUCAGUGAGCUGUGUUGCCUGUUCUGCUGUCCUCCAUGCCCGAGCCGUAUAGCCGCUAAGUUGGCCUUCCUGCCCCCUGAACCCACCUACACGCUCCUGCCUGAUCUGGAGGCGGGCCCCGUGUCCACCAGCUCCACCACGGCACCCGGUCUGCGCUCUCGAGGUGGAGUAGUCACUAGCGGUGGUGGAGCAGUCACUGGUGGUGUUGGUGGAGCAGUCACUAGUGGUGUUGGAGGAGGAGCACUAGCUGGUGGAGGAGCAGGAGCUGGAGGAGGAGGAGGAGGAGGAGAGGGGCGCUGGAAGCUCCAUCUCACAGAACGGGCAGAGUUUCAGUACUCUCAGAGGGAGCUGGACGUCACCGAGGUGUUCCUGACACGCACGAGUCGAGGGAACCGAGUGGGCUGCAUGUACAUCCGCUGCGCUCCCACGGCACGGUUCACCGUGCUCUUCUCCCAUGGUAACGCUGUAGAUUUGGGGCAGAUGAGCAGUUUUUACAUCGGUCUCGGGACACGCAUCAACUGCAACAUCUUCUCCUACGACUACUCGGGCUACGGCGUGAGCACGGGGAAGCCGUCUGAGAAGAACCUGUACGCAGACGUGGACGCGGCGUGGCAGGCUCUACGCACGCGAUACGGCAUCAGCCCCGAGAACAUCAUCCUAUACGGUCAGAGCAUUGGCACGGUGCCCACAGUGGACCUGGCGUCACGCUACGAGUGUGCGGCCGUCAUCCUGCACUCUCCGCUCACCUCGGGCAUGAGGGUCGCCUUCCCUGACACUAAGAAGACCUACUGCUUUGACGCCUUCCCCAAUAUAGAGAAGGUAUCGAAGAUCUCCUCCCCAGUGUUGAUCAUCCACGGGACAGAGGACGAGGUGAUUGAUUUCUCCCACGGCCUGGCCCUGUACGAGCGCUGCCCCAAAGCUGUAGAGCCCCUGUGGGUGGAGGGGGCAGGACACAACGACAUCGAGCUCUACAGCCAGUACCUGGAGCGUCUGCGCAGGUUCAUCGGCCAAGAACUGGCAACCCAGCACACCUGAGGACCCCCCACCCCCACCCCCACCCCCCUUCUCGCUCUGACACGUUUACACUUCCUGUUUCCAGCAUCUCAACAAUUAGGAAUUCAUAUAUCACAGUAACCCAACGGCUCCUUUAAACCCAAUUUAACCAAACUCUAGAUGUUCUGAACGCUCCGUGACGUUCGUGAGCGCGUUACUGAACACUAACCCAGUCAUUUAUUUAUUUAUUUAGUGACCGUAUCGUCAGAUUCAGAAUAAAGCAGCGAGCGCGCAGACAAGCGACACAGAAAUAGCCAAGAAAUUGAUAUAAAUAAAUCAAAAUGAAUGAAUUAGUUUCUCUCUUAUUUAUUUAAUUUCUUUUUAUUUUUAUUUCUAAUCAAUGAAAUUAAAAAUGAAGAGAAUUCUGCUGGAAAUUAGGAUCAGUUUAUUACGAGGUCGAGUCAAACAAGAACCUUUUAUGCAAUUGUAGAAAUAUCAGUUUCUUCUUAAUUACAGUCAAACUAAUAUCUCGCUAAUUUUCGAAUUAUUUUCGUGCGAAUACAGCUGUGGUACGUCGCCGUUACUGUAAGGUGAGAAACAACUGUAAUAUAAACCCCGAGCUUUUUUCCUUCCUCUCUUUCCUUCUUCUCUCUUUUGUGGAUAAAAUGGGGCGGAGCUGAGCACGUUUCUCGGGGUCAAAGGUUUCCUUGGCAUUAAGUUAGCCAGCUAACGUCCAGUAAUCACGACUUACUGCGUUUUUAUCUCUCGGGUCUGUUGAGUUCUAGAUGUAAAAUUUCCAAUUUAAAUUUCCGGUCUUACGAUUGACAUAAAACAAGAGCUGCUAGAAACUCGACAACGUCGACGUGACGCGAGAGCUUCCCGACUUUUUCUGUGUCGUAUCCUGAAACAAUUUCUGGACCAGAAACGAUGAGCGAUUUUGUAAACCAUGUAUCUUUAAAAUACUUCUGCGUUUGUAGAAACAGUUUAUAAAACAACACACCACACCUUUUAAAAUAGUGUCUGUUAAAUCCAGAUGUGUGUAAAUGGAAACAGGUGUAAAUGGAGUCGAUCUUUAUUUCUCUCUCUCUCUCUCUCUCUGGUGUCGGUGGGAGUGAGACAGCUGUCUGUAAACCGGCGUGGACUCGUCCGUGUUUAUUCAGACGUUGUCGUCAUUCGGAGCGACUCAACACUGACAGGACAACGGAGGUUCUUGCUACUUUGAUGCAGUUGUUCUGACCUCCUGUAUGUGUGUGUGUGUGUGUGUGUGUGUGUGUGUGUGUGUGUGUGUGUGUCCUCGAUGAGUGACAGUGCUAUAACACUCCAGGCUUGAGCCUCUUCCUCAGUCAGAGCUACUUUUUACAGCCUCGCGAGAUCAGCGUCAGCGUUAUCGUCGUUAUUUUUUUUUCCUACCUACUUUCGUUCUUUCUCUUCUGAGUUUUAAAGAUUUCAGACCACGUCAUUAACCUCCAUCUGCUCAUUAACACAGCAGCAUAACAAGCUGGCUGAUGACACCGGGAUUAGGAUACAGCUCUGGAAUGCGUGACCUCGGGCCGACGUCUUAGAACACGAUAUCCACGAAAGUGUAUAGUUUUUCCUUCCCUGUGUGCGGUCACAAUCUCCCACAUGUCGUGUGUGUGUGUGUGUGUGUGUGUGUGAUGAAAUCGAGCCCCUGCCACAUCUGAGGAACUCUCCUCAUCCUGCGCCGGAGUGAAUUUCAGUCCCGUGUCAUUUCGUGCCUGAAGCAGAGAUAAACUAAAGCUUGUGAUCUCUAGCUUUUGUCUUGAGACGAGCAGAAUUUCAGACAGACCACAAUCUCUUCCUUCCGUCAUCGAUACCCCGCCGCACCCCAUCCUUACGCCCCCCCAGGGUGACCUCAUUACUCAUCCUUUUACCUUUUUUUUUUACUCGUCACUUUUAAUCUUCUCUUCUAAACUAUCACGCCGCGUCACGCUCAUGAUGUCAAACAUUUUUUAUGAAUUUUUUUAUGGAUUAAUGUGAUUUCAGUGAGCGCUUAAAUUACAUUGGGAUCUUUUGGCUCUGAAGAGAAAGCGCUCGUCAGAGCGGCAGUAGCGAAUGCUAGCUUGUUAGCCGCCAAGUCAUUUUUAUUUUUUUUUUUUGCAAACAGAUGAAUGUUUUAAUGUAUUAAUAUACGUGAUUUAACCCUGACGGACCGCGGCUGUCGUUUAACGUCCCAGACGAAGCGUUAUGGCAAAUUAAAAUGGCAGCUACAUUAAUAUAGUUAUGAAACGAUGUUAUGUUAACGUACCAGCUGUUCAUAUUCGUUACUGUUUUUAGAGCGAACACCUGAAGGUUUAAUUCAACGGAAUAUAUUUAUUUUUCAGGAGUCGCACGGAUUUUAUUCGCAUCCGUUGUCGCAGUACUAAAUAUAUCCAGUAGGGGGUGAUGAAGACGACGCAUCGAUUCGUUUCAAGAAAUCGAUUCGUUGACCCAAUAAAGAGACAACGAGCGACGACAUCAACGUUUAAUUCAGUCAAAAAACAUCUGCAGUCGGCGAAAAUAAAACCUAGAAUAAACGUCGUAGCUGAUUCGGUAGCUGAGGUGAAAUAAGAACACACACGUACAGUAAGUGAACACAGCAGGUGUCGAUGCAGUGUGUGGAAGAGGAAAGACUGGAGCCAAGGCACUGAACAAAGCUUAAUCUGUCGAGGGAUCAUUUCUGGAGCUGGUGUGUGUGUGUGUGUGUGUGUGUGGACACAAGUGUUUGGAGGACAAAUGGUGCAACACUGGGCAAGACUUUGGGACUAGGGAUUAAAUUGUAAAAAAAAAUAUAUAUAUAUAUAUAUAUAUAAACUGUGUGAGUGUGUGUGUGUGUGUGAGUGAGUGCGUGUGUGUGUGUGAGGACCCAGAUGAACUCGAGCUUGUUUGGAAGCUCCAGACCAACGUUUCUGAACUGUUGUUGUUUCCCUUGAUUAAAGCAGCUGUAAGUUCUGAGUGUUCUGUAAGAGCCUCAGACUGACUGGACGUACUGUAUCAUAUUUACACACCUGAACCUGGAGCUUUAUUCAUUUGGGCUAUUUGUUUUUCUUCUCCUGCUCCUCGGGGGUUAAACGGGUUUUUAGCGGGUGGUGUGUUUAUCGUCGUCGUGUCCACUUUCACCUUGUUUAUUAUAUUAUUAUAAUUAUUGCAAAAUUGUUGUUUUUAGUUUUUCCAGAUCUUAGAGAAUAAAAGAUAAUGAAUUGAUUAUAA